AUGCUUAUUUAUCAGUUUGUUUUAGAUGCCACUACCAUACAAUACUCUCUUUCUCUAUCUAUCAAUGCCAUGCCCGUACAAUACUCUCUAUGGCUGCCACGCCCGUGCAACACUGUCUAUCUAUGGCUGCCACUCCCGUGCAACACUAUCUAUCUAUGGCUGCCACUCCCGUGCAACACUGUCUAUCUAUGGCUGCCACUCCCGUGCAACACUGUCUAUCUAUGGCUGCCACUCCCAUUUUUGCACUGUCUAUCUAUGGCUGCCACUCCCGUGCAACACUGUCUAUCUAUGGCUGCCACUCCCGUGCAACACUGUCUAUCUAUGCUGCCACUCCCCGCAUUUAACACUGUCUAUCUAUGGCUGCCACUCCCCGGCAACACUGUCUAUCUAUGGCUGCCACUCCCGUGCAACACACUGUCUAUCUAUGGCUGCCACUCCCGUGCAACACUGUCUAUCUAUGGCUGCCACUCCCUGCAACACUGUCUAUCUAUGGCUGCCACUCCCGUCUAUCUGUCUAUCUAUGGCUGCCACUCCGUGCACAACACUGUCUAUCUAUGGCUGCCACUCCCGUGCAACACUGUCUAUCUAUGGCUGCCACUCCCGCAACACUGUCUAUCUAUGCAACACUGUCUAUCUAUGGCUGCCACUCCCGUGCAACACUGUCUAUCUAUGGCUGCCACUCCCGUGCAACACUGUCUAUCUAUGGCUGCCACUCCCGUGCAACACUGUCUAUCUAUGGCUGCCACUCCCAUGCAACACUGUCUAUCUAUGGCUGCCACUCCCGUGCAACACUGUCUAUCUAUGGCUGCCACUCCCGUGCAACACUGUCUAUCUAUGGCUGCCACUCCCGUGCAACACUGUCUAUCUAUGGCUGCCACUCCCGUGCAACACUGUCUAUCUAUGGCUGCCACUCCCGUGCAACACUGUCUAUCUAUGGCUGCCACUCCCGUGCAACACUGUCUAUCUAUAUAUUACUAG